GCGGGCGUAGGCUAGGAGUCCGUGUCAGAAUUUAGAGCUUUCAAAUUGCAACUUGCCCCUGGGGCUUGGGUCGCUGAUGUUUAAAUCGCCUAGUCAAGCGAACCGGCUCGCUCUUGCUUCAGCAAACCCUGACAGACGUCUCCUAUUUGACUUGAGGCGGCAUAGUGGCCAAGUCGAUUGGCCGUGGCAAGUGACCCUCCCUGUAGCUGAAGUGUUCUGAGGACUGGAGAGAGGGGCGCGCCAUGCUUGCCCCCUGCUCAGGUUGGGAGCUUGGCUGCCUCCGUCUCUGUCUCCAUCAGGUCCGAUUGUGGGCUGGCGCUGGGCGCUGGGCUUCCUGGGCUUGCCAAGCCAGGCCGUACGUCUCAGGUGGGGGCGAGCGCUGGCCCGGAUCGGAGGCUGAGGUCCCUCCGCCUGGCCCGGCGCGCCGGACUCUGAAGGAGUGGACGCUGCAGGUGAGCCCGUUCGGUCGGCUGCGGGCGCGGCUCCCGUGCCACCUGGCCGUGAGGCCCCUGGACCCCCUCACCUACCCGGAUGGCGACCGCGUUCUGGUCGCGGUGUGUGGCGUGGAGGGCAGCGCGCGGGGCCUGGACGGCCUGCAGGUGAAGUACGACGAGGCUCUGGAGGAGAUGGCCAUUGUGUCUGACACUAUCGACCCCCAGGCGUUCGUGGAGGUGAACGCGCCCCUGAAAUUUGGUUUAGAUAUCAAGUCAUCAGGGUGUGGCUGUGUAAAAGUUCAAAGUAUUGAGUGUGAUAAUUGCAAAAUCGAAACAGAGCAUGGGACUAGCAUCUUGCAGUCUGUUAAGGGUCAAAAAUUGCAUGUUCAAACAAAAGGAGGCAAAGUGAUCUGUCUGGGAACAGUUUAUGGAAAUAUAGAUAUUCAUGCAUCAGAUAAAAGUGCUGUUACCAUAGAUAAACUGCAGGGAAGUUCUGUUACUGUAUCUACUGAAGAUGGUUUGCUGAAAGCCAAGUAUCUUUAUACAGAAUCAUCAUUUCUGUCUUCUGCUGCUGGGGAUAUUACAUUAGGAAGUGUUCAUGGUAAUAUAACAUUACAAAGCAAGAUGGGUAACAUCACAGUAGAUUCAUCUUCCGGAUGUCUAAAAGCCUCAGCUCAUCAGGGUGCCAUAGAUGUUUAUGUCAGCCAACUGGGGAAAGUGGAAUUGAAAUCCCAUAAAGGUUCUAUUAUUGUCAAGGUUCCAUCUUCACUUGAAGCUUAUUUACAGUUAUCAGGGAAAGAGGUUGAUGUGAACUCAGAAGUCCAUGUUCAGGAAAUGGCAGAAGCGCAUAAAGAUGAUGUUGUAACACUGACUGGACUCAUGAAUCAAGCAAGCAAACGUGAAAAAUGGAUUAAGGCUGAUGCCCCAAAAGGCACUGUAAGUUUUAGAAGGCAAAGCUGGUUUCAGUCUCUGAAACUGCAAGACUAAGACUAAUUUGAUUUGGAUUUAUGAUUUUUAACAAUGAUUCGCAGAUCUGUGACUACAAAAAUGUAAAUCCCACCAUUCAUAUAAAGGUUGAAAACAACAAAUUGAGAAUGAAUACUGGUGAACUGUUUUGGGAGGCUUUUUCAAAAUGUGUACUUUGCUAUUGUAUUCAUUUUCUACUGCUGUAUAAUAAAUUACCACAAAUUUAGCAGCAUAAAAUAAUACUCAUUUACAGCUCACAGUUGUGUAGGCCAAGAGCCCAGUAUGUCUAGGUUCUCUGCUCAGGGAAUCACAAGGCUAGAAUCAAGAUUUUGGCCAGGCUGAGUUCUCAUGUGGAGUCUCUGGGAAGAAAUCUACUUCCAACUUCAUUCAGAUUAUUGGGAAAAUCCGAUUCCUUGUGACUGAAUGACUGAGGUCUCCAUUUUCUUGCUGGCUGUCAGCCAGCAAUCACUCUAAGCUUCUAGAGGCCACCCACAUGCCUUCUCAUGUUGCCCCUCCAUCUUCAAGCCAGCAGUGAUGCACUGAGUUCUUCUCAUGCUUUGAAUAUCUGACUUCUUCUGCAACCAGCUGGAAGAAUAUAUACUUUUAAAGGGCUCACUCGAUUAGGUCAGGCCCACCCAGGAUAACCUUCGUUUUGCCAUAUAAUGUAACAUUCAUAGGAGUGAUGGCCCAUCACAUUCAGUUUCCACUCCCACUCAAGGGAAGGAGAUUAUACAAAGGCAUCCAUCAUGCGGGGUCAAUUAGCUUAGAAUUCUUUAUAAUGUAGCUCUCACAUGACAGGUUUUCUACUUACUACCUCUUAUGGCAUCAAUGUAAAUUUAAGCUGUAAAUAACAAACACAUGGAGGGGCGGAGCAAGAUGGCCGAAUAGGAACAGCUCCAGUCUCCAACUCCCAGCGCGAGCGACACAGAAGACCGGUGAUUU